AUGGGGUGGCUUUCCCACGAUGAUCAGGUCUACUGCUUGAUCCUUGUGGCUAGUUUCCUGAUCAGCAGCCUCGUACGCACCGGCCAUCUACCGGCAUGGGUUGCGAAGAACGGAGGUCUCGUCGGCUUUGGCAUGGCUGUACUGAUAAUCGGCUGGAAGGUGCUAUAUUCCGUGCCACUAGCAUUUGGUACGGCGGUUGUAAUACGUUUGACUGCCGAGACGAAACAAAAACAGAUGCCGAUGCUGAUCUUCAUCUCUUCGUUUACCUACCUGAUAGUCUGUCGUUGCCUUCACUUCAUUCUGCCGAUCAACGAGUUGGCGAGCCAUGCGAAUGCCGUUGUGCUUUUAAUGACGCUCAGGGUCAUUGGAUUCGCCUAUGAUGUCUUCGAUUCCCGCGAACACCGCUUCCUCCGUAGCGACGAUCCGAAAAAGGCGAGGCGAGUGAUCGAAGAGCCACAGUCCGUCAUCGAGAUCCUGAAUUUUUUCUACCACUACUGUGGUUUAUUCACUGGUCCGUACUACUCGUACCAGAUGCUUGAAGACUCCUAUGUAAUCGUCCAUCUACAGGGAUGGUCGCCUUCCCAGGAGAUCACAAAGCGAUUCUUGACUCUUGCUUGGUCAGUUCCGGCCUUCGCUAUCCUGAAUGCAUAUUUCCCUCUCGAUGGCCUACGUACAGACGCGGUUUGGGAUUGGUCGCUGGUGUACCGUUUCUUCUACGCUGCUGCGAUUUUCACGGUCUUCCGUUUCCGCGUCUACAGCGCUUGGGCAGCAGCCGAGUCCGUUUGUCUCAUGGUUGGCAUCGGAAUGUAUCCAACAGCCUCCAAGGCGGAACUCAUCACAGGGCCCAAGGAUUUGGCAGUAUUCAAGGAGCUACACGGCAACGCAGACAGCCCGACAUCUUAUGAUUCGGAGGCCAUGGUCAACAUCGACAUGAAGGAAGUGGAGUUUUCCGAGACGUUCAAAUACGGAAUCCAUGGAUGGAAUCGUUCCGUACAAAAAUGGCUCGCCCUAUACGUCUACCAGCGCCUACACAACUACAAAGCCCAACGCACUUCAAUCACGAUGUUCGUAUCGGCGCUGUGGCACGGAACCUACGCCGGAUAUUUCAUGUCCUUCCUUCUGGUACCGUGUUGCUUGGCCGUCGAGGAGAUGAUCAGGAAGAGGACGGAUUCCAUCCCCAACUUCAAGUAUUUAUACAUCCCAACACUACGUUCCCGUGGAUUCGACUUCUUAGCUGCCGGGUUCCUACUGAAAAACUUCCAUGACACCGUACGAUUCUGGGGAAGCCUCUAUUUCUGGCUGCCCCUCGUCCUACUCGGAUUGUUCUUCGCUUUACGCGCCACAUCUAAACCGAAUGCAGGCUCGAGAGCGGUACCAACUAAACGAGAA